AAGAAAAAUUACCAGUAUUCAGAAAAGGAUCAAAAUUCAUCCAGCAUAAUUAAGUUUUUAAAUACCACUGUGUCCAAGUUCUCUAAGAAAGGUUCUUCUCAGAUAGCGAAUCACUUAGAACUGUAUGAAUCCACUAUGGAUUCUUUAAAAUUAUACUCUGAUGCUGACAGAAUCAGAUUCCUUCCAUGGGCAUUUGAUGAUAAAUAUCGUCAUUACUUUACCUCUUUUAGGGAGAGAGGAAUUCAAGAUUGGCCAAGUGUUUUGCAUGAAGUUAAACUAGAAUUCGGACCUUACCGAACCAUUACUGCUGCAAAACGGGACAUAUAUAAGCUUACAUGUAGGCCCAAUCAAAGUCCCCGUGAAUUCCUCUCUAUCCUUAAAAAUGCCUAUGGGUUAGCAUAUAGAUCCCCAAACUGGGAAUCUGAAGAGUUUAAGCAGCUGUUCUAUGACGCUAUGCCAACCCAGAUCAAACUUAGCCUAGCCAGAGAUCUGGAUAUUGAAGCUCCCUUGGAUAGGUUGGUGACGGCUGCCACCACGCUGUAUAAUAUCAGUGAAUGCCAUGAAACAGGUGAGAGAAGAUUUAAAAAAUCCCCAGAGCAAAAUAUAGCUGAAGCUAAGGUAAACCCUAGCUUGGGAUUUGAAACACAGCCACGUAAGUAUUCUCAGUCUACAGGUCCUGUCCAACAAACCCAGCAACAACAGGUAAGACCCAAGCAAACCAAGCCCCAAAAUCCCAACGGGUCAGAGGGGGAUAAUUCUGGUGCUGGGAGGUCUAACUACCGUCCAUAUUACAAUAAUGGUCCCCAAUAUAGGUCCUAUUACAAUAGGGAUUCCCAGGGUUACAGACGCUGGAAUAACAGGCCCAGACAACAGAGGGAAGAUAGGCAGGAACCCUUAAACUCACCUAGGAGUAGGUCACCCACCAAUAAUCAGGGCGCCUCACAAAACCAAAAUAUGCGCAAACCAAACAGAUUUGCUGUACAGAUUGAUCUGGUGAAUAAAACCUUAUGGUCCAGAUUACCAGGAGACCCAGAGGGAUUCCAGGAUGUAGAGCAAGCUUUGAGAGGGGGACAACAGAUGCCCUACGCCGUAAGUAUUGAGGUUGCUGAAGAGGUUGAAAUCCCUGAAGGAUGCAAACCGUUUCUUCUCCCCAUUCAAGUGAAAAAGGGACAGAAACUGAAGAAUGCAGAUGCCUUGAUCUGUUUAUCCAACCGGAUGCAACAACUCGGCCUAAAGUUAAAGCCUACUCCCAUGAUAAACGUCCAUCAGGUUCCAUUACAGAUGGUAGUCCAUAAUAUGAUUCCCCAUAGCAUAUCUUUGCAAAAGGACACCGUAAUUGGUUUAGCUAUGGAAUCAGAAUACUACACUUUUGGAUUCCAGAAUGAUGUUAUUGGACUUAUUCCUGAUGAAUACCUGACGGAAGAACAGGUAAAGGGUCAUUCAAAGUAUCCAGGUAUGGAUAAAGAAGGGAAUGACCUAGCAGAUUCCCUCGCCAAACAAGCAGCCAUUGACGGAGAAGUCUUUGACGUUGAUGACCUCAUGGGAACUAUGCAAGUGGAUGCGACGACAAGAAGAUGGAUUGCUGAUAAGGACCUCAAAGAACGGUAUCACGCAAUGGGUAGUACCCGCAGCGUAUCGAGGUCUGAUGCUACAACAUGCCCAUGA